CCGUAGUUGGCCCGGUUCUAGCGCCAACAUAGUGGUCCGUUCGAUUCCGGAUCUAGUGCCGAAAAAAGAUUCCGCUUCCAUUUUAGCAAGGAAAACUGCAAAUCAUCGCGCGUGUGGCUGUGUGCGUGUGGGCCAGAGAACAUUCUUUUCGUUGCUCUUUGUCGCCCAGUGUGCUUUCCGUCUUUCGACACACACACAGAAAAAAGCAAACCGUCGCUUGUUUGUGCUUUCCGCAAUUCGACACAUAGUGUGAAAAAAAAAAGCAAACCGUCGCUUGUUUGUGCUUUCGAAAUUCGAUGUACAGAACAACACAAUCGUCGCUUGUGUGUAGACAUUUCGAAGUCCCGUCGCUUGUGUGUACGUGCGAAGAAGACAAUCGAAACUCGUCGCAUGUUUGUGCGUGUAAAUCGGAAAACCGAAAUUCCGUCGCGUUGUUUGUGUGAAGCGUUCAGACACUGAAGUUAAAACGCUUGUAUUUUCGUCGCGAGUGAAACGACAAAAUGUCUUUGUUGCAUACGCCACCGGGGAUCGUCCCUAGCGUAAACGAAAAUAGUGAAUCCGAGUUUUUCGGAUACGAGGACGAAAGGAAAAGCGAAUCCGAAGAUCCAAAGCUGGUUGCACUUUACCGCCAAUGUGAACAGGUGCAUAAGAAGAUCGUGAGAGUGCAAAAUUCCUUAAGUGCUGCUGAAUAUAAAGUGCCCCAUGCGCAGCUGAAGACCUACCGAAGAAAUUUGGAUGCCGCAUACACGGAGUAUAGUGGCUUCCAUAGCAAGGUGAUGGAGCUAGUGCCCGAAGAAGAAUUGGAACGUGCCGAAACAGUGUACACAAAAUUCGAAGAGUGCUUCAAUCUGGUGUUCGCUGCAGUCGAAGAGCUUAUCAUGGAGCAUGAUGCCACCCCCGCCAGUGCCCGAAUGGCGCAACCUCAAGUUGUCGUGCAGCAGCAGCCACUCAAGGUACCGAUACCAACCUUCGAUGGUGAAUACUCGAACUGGCCGAAGUUCAAAGCGAUUUUCCAAGACUUAAUGGAGAAAUCGAACGAUUCCGACGCGGUAAAACUCUAUCACCUUGACAAGGCGCUCGUCCAGAGUGCUGCUGGAGCCCUGGAUGCAAAGGUGAUCACCGAAGGUAACUAUGAGCAGGCGUGGAACAUAUUAACUGACCGAUACGAAAACAAAAGGGUCAUUGUCGAGAGUCAUAUUCGUGGCUUGCUCACCCUGCAAAAAAUGAGUUCCGAAACCCACAAAGAGCUGCGACGACUGCUGGAUGAAUCCACUCGUCAUGUAGAGAGCCUAAAAUACCUGAAGCAAGAAUUCACGGGUAUUUCCGAAGUGAUGGUAGUGUACCUUGUGACCAGUGCGCUUGACCGAAAUACAAGAAAGGCUUGGGAAUCCCACCAGAAGCGAGGAGAACUCCCGAAAUACGAACCGACGAUUACCUUCCUCAAAAGCCGCUGCCAAAUCCUCGAAAAUUGUGAAGCAAGUUAUCCAACAAGUUCUCAAAUUCUCAAGCAAAAGCCGCAACCAAUUACCGCCAAGUAUCCAGCUCUCAAAGUUCAUGCUGCCUCAACUAGUUCCACGCCGAAAGAAUGUUGCGAGUUUUGCCAAGGUCCGCACAUGAACUUCCAGUGCAACAUCCUCAGCAGCUUGGAUUUCGAAAAGAGGAUGGAGAAGGUAAAGGCCAGUGGGGUGUGCUUUAACUGUCUGAGAAAAGGUCACAGCUCUCGGGACUGCCAAUCGAAGAAAACCUGUCGGAAAUGUGGGAAGCGCCAUCACACUCAGCUCCAUAACGAAUCAACGAAGAGCUUUGAGGCAGCAAGCAGCAGCGCACCCACACCGCAUCCCGAGGAGCUCAAGGAGAAGCAGGAGCAAACUACGGCCACAGCUUGGUUCACACACCACAUCCAAUCAUCGAAAACAGUUUUCCUGUUGACCGCCAUGGUUAACACCGUAGAUGUCCGAAACCAGCUUCAACCAUGCCGUAUCCUGCUUGAUUGUGGGUCUCAAGUAAAUUUCGUCAGAGAAGAGUUCGCCCAACGAUUAGGAUUGCGCUUGCAACAGGUGACAGUGCCCAUCCGAGGAAUUAAUGGCGUCAAAACAUUGGCUCGAAGCAAAGUGGUGAUUCAACUCCAAUCACGAUGCACCGACUUCAAGAAAUCCAUCGAGUGCCUCGUGACUCCGACCGUGACAGGUGAAAUACCAUCCUCGAAUAUCCAAGUGACCAACUGGAACAUUCCCGUUGGAGUGCAACUAGCCGACCCGGAGUUCCACAAACCUGGAAAGAUCGAUGUGCUUGUGGGUGCCGAACUAUUCUUUCAACUAAUGCGACCAGGAUGCAUUAAGUUGGCCGACGAUCUUCCAGAACUCCGAGAAACGAAACUAGGGUGGAUAGUUUCUGGCGUUCUCAACGAACCUCUGACGAACCAAGCAAACCUCUGCUAUUCCCACGCAGCUUCGCUAGACAAUGCUGAAGAAUCGAUCUGUCGUUUUUGGGAACUCGAAGAGAUUCCUGCAGACACCAACGUCACGACAGAACACGAAGAAUGUGAAGCUCAUUUCCGCUCGACGUACCGACGAAACAACGAAGGCCGAUUCGUUGUUAAAUUGCCAUUUCGUUUGAACAAGGAUCAACUCUCCGACAACCGAGCAUUAGCCUACACCCGCUACAUGAUGCUUGAGCAGCGCUUAAACAAAAAUCCCGAGCUGAAAGAUCAAUACGUCCAAUUCAUUUGUGAGUAUGAGAAGCUUAAGCACUGCAAAGAAGUGAAUGAGAAAGAUGACCCUCCGAACCACCCACGAUAUUACAUGCCUCACCACGCCGUGCUUCGACCCAGUAGUACAUCGACCAAAUGCCGAGUUGUGUUUGAUGCAAGCGCCAAAAUGUCACCGAAAGCCCUGUCACUCAACGAUGUACUGCAAGUGGGAGGAACCAUUCAAGACGACCUUUUCUCGAUAAUGCUCCGAUUCCGCAAGCACAAGUUCGCCUUUACAGCGGACAUAGCGAAGAUGUACCGCCAGGUGCAAGUGGAUCCAAGUGAUACCAGUUUCCAGCGAAUAUUUUGGAGGGAGAAUCCAGGAGAUCGACUGCGUGUGUUGGAGUUGACGACAGUGACCUACGGAACAGGAUCAGCUCCGUUCCAAGCCGUCCGAUGUGUGAAGCAGUUAGCCGAAGACGAAGCAGCAGAGUUCCCGAUUGGUGCACGAAUAGCAAAGGAAGAUUUCUAUGUGGAUGAUGUGCUUUCCGGUGCCGACACUCUAUCCGAGGCUGAAGAGUCAUUCAAACAAUUGACGAAGAUGUUAGCCAGAGGAGGCUUUCCAGUGCAUAAGUGGUGCUCAAAUUCCAAAGAGCUGUUGAACGUUAUCCCGAAAGACUCUCAAGAACAAGAUGUGUGCCUCGAAGAGUGUCGCCCGAACAGUGUUAUAAAAGUGUUGGGCAUAAAAUGGAGCCCCAGAGAAGAUGAGUUGCUGAUCGCCGAACCAAAGUGUGAAAUAAGUGAGUGUUUAACAAAACGAUCAAUCUACUCCAACAUCGCCAAAAUCUACGACCCCCUUGGGUUGAUCGCACCUGUAACAGUCGUGGCGAAGUUGCUGGUACAGAACCUGUGGAAGGCCAAGGUUGAUUGGGAUCAACCCAUCGAAGACGAAACCAUCCGAAACCGCUGGCUGCAACUGGCUAGUUCCUUGCCGACCCUCAACAGUUUGACCAUCCCGAGAAGAGUUACGUUCGACGAAGCCACAUCGUACGAAGUGCAAGGUUUCGCCGAUGCAUCGAUGAUAGCCUACGGUGCAAAUGUCUAUUUGCGCAGCCUGCUUCCAGACGGUACCGCCAAGAUGAGACUCCUUGCCAGCAAAUCCAAGAUCGCUCCUCUAAAGGACAUCACCAUCCCACGAAAGGAGUUGUGUGCAGCUUUAUUGUUGGCUCGUCUCAUCCCCAAGAUCCUACCCGCUCUCAAAAUGCAAAUCGACAAGGUUCACCUACGCUCUGACAGCCAAAUCUUCCUAGCGUGGAUGAAACGACCGCCAGAGCGCCUCGAAAGUUUCGUCCGCAACCGCAUCACCAAGAUCCAAGAGCUUACUGCGGGUUAUGAGUGGUCUUACGUGCCUUCCAAGGAAAAUCCAGCCGAUGUUGUGUCCCGUGGCCAGCUACCAGACGACUUGUGCUCCAACAGUCUAUGGUGGCAUGGGCCAGAGUUUUUGAGCCUCGCUGAAACCGCAACUUACGAAGUCGAAGACAUCCCGUCAGACCAAUUACCUGAGUACAAACUUGUGGUAGUUUCCGCUCCAGCCGUUAGUAUGGACGACUUCGCAUUAUUCUCAAGACACAGCAGCUUCCGAAAAAUCCAGCGUAUCGUUGCGUACAUGCACAGGUUCGUGAACAACCAUCGCAGGAAUAAAGCAGGUACCGAACUAGUUCUGUCGCCGUACCCCACUAUCUCCGAGCUACGCCAAGCCACCCGAUCCAUCAUCUGGUUGGCGCAGCACACAGAACUAGCCGAUGACAUCCGGAAAUUGAAAUCCGACGAACCUUGCCGCCGAAUUGGGAACCUUCACCCAAUUUUAGUUGAUGACCUACUCCGAGUUGGAGGCCGAAUCCAACGUUCCAACUUACCGUUUGCAACCAAACAUCCGAUCAUUUUGCCGAACCAUAGCCCAAUUACGAAAAUGUUAAUCCGUUCGCUGCACGAAGAACACCUGCACACCGGACAGGCUGGUGUGCUGGCAGCUAUCCGCCAAAGAUACUGGUUGUUAAACGCCAAGUCAACCGUUAGACAGGUCAUCCGAUCAUGCGUCCAAUGCUUCCGAACGAAUCCGACGACGCCUUCACAGCUAAUGGGGAAUUUGCCUGAGCAACGAGUAAUUCCAUCGCCCCCAUUUGCUAUCACCGGUGUGGAUUACGCCGGCCCGCUGUGGAUCAAGGAGGGAAGACGUCGACCGACAUUGACGAAAGCAUACGUUGCAGUAUUUGUGUGCAUGGCGACCAAAGCUGUGCAUCUAGAGGCAGUAUCCGAUUUGUCCACAGAUGCCUUUCUGGCCGCACUGGAUCGAUUCAUCGGUCGCCGCGGCAUGGUGCAACAAAUUCAUUCCGACUGUGGGACAAAUUUCCGAGGUGCAAGUAGCGAAUUCGACCGACUCUACAAGCUAUUCCAAGACAAAGUUUUCCUGAAGAAAAUCCAACUUUUCGCUCAACCCAAAGAGAUAGAGUGGCAUUUCAUCCCUGCGAAUGCCCCGGAGUUCGGCGGACUGUGGGAAGCCGCAGUCAAGUGCAUGAAGACGCACCUAACGCGCAUCGCUGGUAACGCCAAAUUGACGUUUGAGGAACUUGCCACCAUACUCACGUCAAUCGAGGCAGUGCUUAACUCGAGGCCAUUGUACACCGUCCUGAACGACCCAGAAGCUCCCGAAGUUGUCACCCCCUCACACUACCUCAUCGGUCGCCCUCUUACUGCUUUGCCGGAACCGUCGUUAGAGGAUGUCAACGCUGGCCGAUUGAGUCGAUGGCAGCACCUCAAGCAAAUGAGAGAUCACUUCUGGCGAGCGUGGUCCAACGAGUACCUGAUCAGCCUGCAGCCACGCAAGAAGAAUAUCAAGCAAAUGCCAAAUAUUCGCCCUGGAAUGAUAGUCUUGUUGAAGGACAGGAACCAACCGCCGCUUCAAUGGAAACGAGCCCGAAUCACCCAAGUCUACCCUGGUCCAGAUGGCCUGGUCCGUGCCAUAGAUGUCGCUUGUGGCAACUCCGUCUACCGGCGAGCAAUUAACAAGGUCUCGGUGCUCCCAAUUGAAGACAACAAUCAACACUCAAGAGGAUAUGAUGCGGCUCCGCCCAUCCCGGGGGGAGUAUGUUCCGUCCGAAACAGCUUGGACACCCCCAGCGCUAACUAGCAAGACGCCCGAACGAGAGAGAGAAAAUGCGAGCGACGACGAAGCAUCGCAUAUUGAACCAGAGAGAAGAAAAAACAGUUAAGUUUUAGUCCGACCACCGACGCGAGCAGUCCUUGCUGCAAAUUUGUCCCGUUUAGAGAAAUACAGUUUUGUAGUGUUUUGUAAAUCCGCCGCGUGUUUCUCUAUUCCGAUCCCAUACAGUCCACUGAACAAUUCCGACCGUAGUUGGCCCGGUUCUAGCGCCAACAAUAGGUGAAAAAAGUAGUGAAAAUUCUGCUGAAAAACUUUUGUUAAUGUCACUAAAAAGCCAAAAAAGUUAAGUGAAUUACAAUAAUUCAACCAUGAUAUUCCAAUAUUUAGAAAGUUUGCUCGAUUGGCUCCCGCGAAUGACAGUUCGAUUGGCUCCCGUCAUUCUCUUUGCCAGACUAUAUGAAAUUAUAGUGUCUAUAGAUUUUUGUAAUUAGUGCUCAAGAUCUGACCCCAUUGGAACACAAACAGACCGAACCGAGCAACAGGAGCUGUUCGAAGCUGAAUUUCUUUCCGCGUAUAAGUUGAUAACAUCUCGUUUUGGAAGCAAUGGAGAUAAGAUUUGGAUAAUACCCUAUAGCUUUUCGAUUGCUCAACUGGCCGAAAAUGGAAACUGGGUGCUCAAGACAAAUUAUAUUGUAUGGACUCAUUCCAGUCUCUUCGUUUUUAUUGGUCCGAAAAGUACAGUAAUUAAAUUGCAUUAAUUUUAAACAGUACCGGAAAUAUGUAUAAAAUGACUAGUUUAAAAAAGAAGCCCGCAGUAAAAUACAAACUUAUUUUGUAAAGGA